AUGCAUGUGUUUCAGGAGAUGAAGAAGAGAAGUGAGCACGCCUUCUCAGUCCACCUGACCUACUUGGAGAUCUACAAUGAAACCCUGGUGGACCUUUUGUCAUCGCCGCAGGUCUCACCUCAGCUGUCUCCUCGAGCCAUGGUGGUGAUGGAGGAGCCGGGCAGGGGGCUUUUCAUCAGGGGUCUAUCUCGUCAUCCUGUUCACAGCAAGGAUGAGGCCCUCAACCUUCUGUUUGAAGCUGAGAUGAAUUGCAUUACUGGAUCUCAUACCCUGAACAGGAAGUCCUCCAGGUCGCACUGUAUAUUAACUGUGUAUAUUGAGUCUCACUCCAGGACUUUGUCUGAUGCCAGGUACAUGACUUCCAAGCUGAAUCUGGUGGAUUUGGCUGGGUCUGAGAGGCUGGUAAAGACUGGGUCAGAGGGUCAGAUGUUGAAGGAGGCUAUGUACAUCAACAAGUCUUUGUCAAUCCUGGAGAGGGCCAUUUUGGCUCUAGCGAACCAAUGCAGAGACCACAUUCCUUUCAGACAAACUAAACUCACACAUGCCCUCAAAGACUCACUAGGUAGAAGCUGCAAUGUAGUAGCUGUGACAAGUAUGGGACCAAACAUUUGUUGGAAAACAGUGAAAAGAGCGUUCUACACAGAUUUACCCAACUUGAAACCGGGUGAUUUUUAUCGGCAUGCGCUGUUUUCUGUUAGCAGAGUUUUGUACAAGCAGAUCUCAUUUUAAAUGUCAAUACCACAGUCAGUCAUGUUUAUAUAGUCAAAACUGUGAUCACUGUUAAAAUUUGAGCCAUCAAAAUGGAAUGUGAGGCUGCUUUUUCUUCUUAACUGACUCAGUUGAGAUCUCUCUGCCUGCACCUGAACACUUUUCCCAGCAGGUGUGUCAUACCUCUC